AUGCAAAACUUUUCAACCAUGCUCAAACCACAACCAGUAGGCGAUGGGAAGUACACCAUGUUCAAUGUUUUGAGACCGGAUACUGAAAUCCCUUAUUUCGACACAGAAGAUACUGGUAGGUUUGUGGGGGUUAUUCUUAAUGAGCCAGAAAAGUUUCACGGAAAGAUUCUUAAUGCGGCUAAUGGCUUGUAUUCGUAUGAAGCUAUUGCUAAAAUAAUCAGCAAGGAUACUGGGAAAGAUGUGAAUUACCAACAAAUACCAGUAAAUGCAUUUAAAGAACAAAUACCAGAGCCAAUUGCUUUAGAGAUUACGGAAAUGUUUCAAUUCUUCGAUAAAUAUAAUUACUAUGGUCCCCAAACGAGGAAAAAGGUCGAAUGGGGAAUGCAGCAAGUUUCCGACAAACUUAGUACGUUCGAGGAGUUUUUCAAGAGGAAUCCUCUCGGAUUGGAAUAA